AUGUUCACAGAUUAUUUAUUAGUUCUUAAAUAUACUAAAUCUAUAACAGAUUCAGAUAAAAUUCUAAAUAAGAUAGAAUUUAACUUCAAGGGAACAUCUGAAAAAAAAUGGAAAAAAUUCAAAUCCCAGAUUGAAUUGACUAUAGCAGAAAACACCACCUUUGGAAAUGACAAUAUUGAAGAAAAAUGGAAUUUUUUCAGAAAUGUCAUAAUUGGAAAAGCAAAUGAAAUAAUUCCAAAAAAGAAAAAACUUAUAUCUGGGAA